AUGGCGGCGCCGCGGGAGGGCUCUGAGGGGGCGCCGCGCCCGCGCUCUAGGGCACCCCCGGGGCGUCCGCGGUUGCGCUGGGAGCGCGCGACUCGGUCCCGGGCGGCGAGCUCGAGCACCCCGGGUGUAGACAGCACCGGACAGAGACGCGGCUCACUCCCCCGAAGGAGCAUCUCCAACAAUCGCAGGAACCAGGCGUAUGGCGGGGUGUGCCGUCCCCACAGCGCGGCGCUGGGGCCGCGGAGCGCGAGGACGAGGCGCGCGCGGCUGCCGGCUCUAACCCGGCACCCCGCCCGCGGCCCACACCGGCAGGUGCUCCCCCGGCCGGCGGCGGCAGCGGACCAAGGCCGAGCGCGCUCCCGGCACCGACGCCCCCACCCCUCGCGGGCCCCUCCCCCGCAGCUACGCACCAGGGCGCGCUCCUCGGCUCCCGGCCCGGCCCUGCUCUGCCCGCGGGGAGCACCGCCCGGCGUCCGCCGCUCUGCCGGGAGCUGCCUCCGUGCGCUCGACCGCGGCGGUCCCUGCCUCACACCCGCCCCGCCGGCCACGGCCCUCGUGGCCCGCCCCCGCGGAGCCGGGCGUCCCAGCGCCCCGGGACGAACCCCACUUCGGGACGCCGCGCCCCGUCACGGCAGCAAGGGAAAGAACAGCCGCGUGACCGGCUUCCCAACUCGACCCGCACCGCCAGCGCCACAGGACCCCUCGCGCGCCCGCGCCACAGAGAACGCGCCGCCCGGGCCGGGCAGUCACCUCAGCCGCCGUUCCUCGCGCCCGCCCGGCCUCGCGCUGCACAGCCACUCCGCAGCCCGCCGCGCUACCGUUAGCGCAGACCCCGCCCCCAGUCUGCCCCGCCCCUCGCCCCACCCUUCUCCCCGCCUCACCUCCGCGCUCCUCCCCACGCUCUGGCUCCGCCCCCGUCCUCACCGAGCCUUCCCCCGCCCCAACUUUGACCGCGCCUCACACUCCGAUCCCGCCCCCAGCGCCCUUCGCCCCGCCUUCGCUCUGGCUCCGCCCCCACCCUCGACUUUCUCUGUGCCCCGACUCCGGCAUAUAUCCCCGCCCGCCCAGCUUUUACCUCCGCCCCUAUCCCCGCCCCUCGCUCUGACUCCGCCCCUGAGGUCCCGCCCCUCAGAGGAGAAAUUCGGAACAUCAGAGCGGCAGCGGUCCCAGGCUCUUCCUUUCCCCGCCCGCCUGAGCAUGAGGCCCAGACCCUCCGCGGUCCCGGGCGACCGGUGGGCCAGGUGUGCAGGGUCUCGCGUGGUGCGCGGCCCCGUGACUGCCCGCGGCUCCCGGAGCAAGGCCCCCCCACACCCCGAGGAGGGAGAGCCGCAGAGCCCGCUGGCCCGCGGGGGGGACGCUCCGUGGUUACAGGAGCGGAGAGGGACAGUGACCUGCGCCGGCUUGCCUGUGUCUCCUUACCGCCUCUGGGAAAUCCUUUUAGUCGAAGGACUUAGAAAUUAA